GCGGCGGCAGCGGGAGCAGCUCUCAGCCCGGGGCCGCGCCGGGAGGGACCAGCCUCGCUUCUCGAAGAGGAGGAGGAGGAGGAGGAGGGGGCGGUGGCAUAGGAGGAGGAGGAGAAGAAAAAGGAGGAGGCUCCGCUGCUGCCUUUCCGUCGGUAGUAGCGGCGCGGCCGCGGGAGAAGAGGACGAUGAGCCGCGCGGUGCUGGCCUGGCUGGUGCUGUGCGGGAGCCUGGCGGCGCCGCGCCUCGCCCGAGGGGACUUGUGUGACUCCAGUCCCUGCAAAAAUGGUGGCAUCUGUCUGUCAGGGCUGAAUGAUGACUUCUACUCAUGCGAGUGUCCUGAAGGCUUCACAGAUCCUAACUGUUCUAGUAUUGUGGAGGUUGCCUCCAUUGAAGAGGAACCAACUUCAGCAGGACCUUGCCUUCCUAAUCCAUGUCAUAAUGGUGGGAUGUGUGAAAUUAGUGAAGCAUACCGGGGCGACACAUUCAUAGGAUAUGUUUGUAAAUGUCCAGAAGGCUUUAAUGGGAUUCACUGCCAGCACAAUGUAAAUGAAUGUGAAGCUGAACCCUGCAAGAAUGGUGGAAUCUGUACAGAUCUCGUUGCCAACUAUUCUUGUGAAUGUCCAGGUGAAUUUAUGGGGAGAAACUGCCAACAGAGAUGCUCUGGCCCACUAGGGAUAGAAGGAGGAAUUGUGUCGAACCAACAAAUUACUGCAUCAUCCACUCAUCGAGCUCUCUUUGGACUCCAGAAGUGGUAUCCGUACUAUGCACGACUUAAUAAGAAGGGUCUUGUGAACGCUUGGACUGCUGCAGAAAAUGACAGAUGGCCAUGGAUUCAGAUAAACCUGCAGAAAAAGAUGCGAGUCACUGGAGUUAUAACCCAAGGUGCCAAGAGGAUUGGAAGUCCAGAAUAUGUGAAAUCUUACAAAAUCGCUUAUAGUAAUGAUGGGAAGUCAUGGGCAAUGUACAAAGUAAAAGGCACAAAUGAGGAUAUGGUGUUCCGUGGAAAUGUGGACAACAAUACCCCAUAUGCUAACUCCUUCACGCCUCCAAUAAAAUCACAGUACAUACGCCUGUAUCCUCAGGUUUGCCGACGACAUUGCACACUGAGAAUGGAACUCCUGGGCUGUGAGUUAUCAGGUUGCUCUGAGCCCCUGGGGAUGAAAUCCGGGCAUAUACAGGACUAUCAAAUUACUGCCUCCAGUGUUUUCCGAACACUCAACAUGGAUAUGUUCGCUUGGGAGCCCAGGAAAGCCCGACUGGAUAAGCAAGGCAAAGUUAAUGCCUGGACCUCCGGCCACAAUGACCAGUCCCAGUGGCUGCAGGUUGAUCUACUUGUCCGUACAAAAGUCACUGGCAUAAUUACUCAAGGAGCUAAAGAUUUUGGUCAUGUCCAGUUUGUCGGGUCCUACAAGCUUGCUUACAGUAACGAUGGGGAACACUGGAUCAUAUACCAGGAUGAAAAACAAAAGAAGGAUAAGGCCCCAUCUGAGAAGCCUUUCACAGUAAGGCCCCCUUACUGUGUCCAAACCUGGGCCACCUCACAUGGAAAUGAUGCAGAGCUGUUGGAGCAAGAUCCAGAGAAGAGCCACACAGAUGAUGGAAGUGCUGGAGCACCUCUCCUGCGAAAAAAGAUAGAAGAAGUUACCCAAAGUCUGACUUUCAAAAUGCUAGCUGUCAGUGAGCUUGGCAUAACCUCAUGGAAGGUUUUCCAGGGAAAUUUUGACAAUGACACACACCGGAAGAACGUCAUCGACCCUCCAAUCUACGCCCGGCACAUCCGCAUCCUCCCGUGGUCGUGGUACGGCCGGAUCACCCUGCGGUCAGAGCUGCUGGGCUGCACGGAGGAGGACUGAGGUGGGGUUCCACUGGGCAUCACAGCUCUCAGUACACCUACCAGUCCCUUCGUAGAAGAAACUGUGCAAAGUCUGUAGGAAGCUGAGUGGGUUUUUCAUGACCAAGUGCUCAUUUUAUGGUAGGCCGCUAACUGUCUUUCGCAAGGAGGUCUAAGCCUGCCCGUUAAAUGAUCCAAUCCGAUUUUGUCCUUGAAAUAUGGUAGUGUUGUCCCUUUUGCUGUGGCAUUAUCUCUCUAGCUCUCCUUUAAGUUGUUCACACUAGUUGAAAUGUGUUAGGGAAAAACAGCAGCAUCCUUUUUACGGGGGAAGAGAAAGAGCAUGACAAAGCUCAUUUACAGCUUCAGUAACAUUGGUCUGACGAGUUCUCCAUAAAUCAUACUGUCAUCUUAUGUGCAAAAAGUGAUACUGCAGCUUUUAGCAAUAAGUUUACUUGGGGAUGACUGCAUUAUAGUAAUUGUGCCUAUCAAACACUGUCAGUAUUUAUGACAUAUAUUUUGGAAAAUACUUUGUGGUACCGUAAAAUACAGUACCUGUGAUAUUACAAGCUACCUUUCAUUAUUCCUAUCUAAACAGCAGAGUCCAUUCAGCUAAAGGGUUUUCCUAGCUAACCCCAUUUUUCUUCUCAAUUUUGCAUGUUACAGACAUAACCUUCAUGCUUUCUGUUCAGUAGCACUGUUAAUGUUAUUUUCUUUGAAAGAUCUGUUUGUAUAUGGAACAACAUUUGCUAUCAGUACAUUAUGAAGUUAAUGAAUUUGCCAAAGUGUACUAAUUCUGCUUGAGUGGUGUUUUUGCAAGGAGGCUGAGGUGAGACAGAGGGGUACUUGUGGUUCCUUGUCCUCAGUACAUGCAAAGAUAAAGGCACCGAGCACAACAUAAACCUUGAACCCACUGUAUGACUUACCCAGGAGUGAACAGCCCUAGAUGGAGCUGCCCACCUGACUUCUUCCUUCAGAAACCUCCUGAAUUUCUGCAAGGAGACACAUGUGGUAUGAAGGAAUGAGGUGCCAUGAAGCACACAGAAGGAAUGACUUCCUUGCUGCUGUGAAAUCCUCUUGCUAGACUUUUCUAAUGGCACCAGUCAUGUCCUUUCUCCCAAGCAUAGAGGUAAGAGGUGUUGUAGGAGUUCACCAGAAUUGGGCACUUGGUACCCUCUGCUCCCAACUGUGUCUUUGCUGAGUAUGCCACUGAGCCACAAGGAAGCUGAUCUUUGUCAUGCUUCAUGUGCAGAAAUGCUUCAUAUAUACUGUGCUGUUUUAACAAAAGGAUGGCCAGCCAGGGUCCUAGGACCCAGAAGAAAUUAGACAGUGAUGGGUCUUGAAGGAUGCUAGGAGAACAGUUAGUCAUUGGAUGGCAGUGAAGAUCCCAUUGGCUGGAUGUGGAGGGUGUUACUAUGCCUUAUAGGAUCUAGAAACAAGACAGGUCAAUGGACUUGGCUGCAUGACUGGGGUAGCUGAGCAGCAAGAGUAAGAGAGGGGCAUGGGGAAGGGUGUUGCAGUCAUGGGCCUGGUGCUUCUUUGCUGAGCGAUCGCCUCACCCUCAGUGAUGGAGAUAAUGAUACCAACCUUGUGAAGCACUCUGAGCUUCGUAGGCACGAGGUACUCCAUGACGGUGUAGCACCAGAAUCUUAAAGACCUUGCGACAAGGAGUUAGGGGAUGUUGCAUUUGCUACCUGAAAUAAUGGUACAUGGGAUCACAUCGUUAACUUCAUAAUAUGCUGAUGGCAAAAUAUAUAUUACUUGUAUAUAUACAAUUGCAUGUUUUAGCAAAUAUCACUGAACUUACUUUCUGUCACCGUUACAUUCUCACUGAAACCAAAACGCUGAAGUAUGAGCCUGAGUCCUGCUUCCCAGACAAAUACAAUCCUGUUGGCCCACAGUCUGCAAAGGGCAAAGUUUGCUUUGGAAACAAAAUGGUUUGGAUUUCAAAACCUGCAUUUAAUCACACAUUCUCCACCACAGACAAAAUAUAUAAUCCAUUUAACUGUGAAAGACCCUAGAUUAGCAGCCAGGAAUUUUACUUGCAAGAAUUGGGGAUAUAUAGGUGGCGGUUUUCAGAUAGCGUCACUUAAACUCACGUUUUAACAAACAGAACACCCUGCCUCUAUAAAAUGACUUAAUCCUUAAACUGUAUUUAUACAAGUAUUUAUUUUGUAAGGCUUAGACAUUAAAGACUUCUAAAGCAAAGUCUUAUAAAGGUGAAAGUAUGUGUAAGAAAUGUUGAGGUCCUGUGCAACACUGCUAAGUUCGUUCUUUAUUUUUUACUUUGUGCUGCAUAACAAAAGCCACUAGACUGUUAAUGUCUUGUCUGUAACUGUGUCAACAGCAUUCCUUAAUGAUGUAUAUAUGAAGUGGUCUUCAAGCAUAGUGAGCGAUUUUAAAGAGAAAGUCAAUCAUGGGGAUAUUUCUAAAGAGCAAAAAAAUUCUAGAGAAAAACUAUUGUUAAGUUACCCACUGCCUAUGUUUUGCACCUCAGACUCUCCAUAGAAAGAAGAAAAAGAAAAAAAAAACAUAUUUUUAGGGACACACAGUACUUAAAGAUGUCUAAAACCAUUUUUCAGUUGUAGGAUAGCAACUGACGUAUUUAUUUAUAGAUUGGAAGAACAGCCAUUUAUGUAAUGGACUGUGUAACCUAAAAAUGGGAGGCAUUUCUGCAAAUUGGAGUCCCUAGUUCAUCAAAUAUUUUUAGUUUUGUUUUGGAAUAUUCAUUCCCAAGUGAUUAUUUUUUUUCAUGUUAGACAUGUUUUGCAACUUUUGGUAUUGAAUUAACUUCAGUAAGUAAUUUGUUACCUAUUUAUCUGCAUAUAAAAGUAGUGUUGUAAUAAUACCUAAAAUAGUCAUUUAUUUUAGCAUUAACUUGGAGUUGGGUAAUUUUGUUCUUUUACUCUGUGUUAGCUUCCAUCUGCCAGCAGCUUUCACAGCCUGAAAACAAAGCUCCGUACUUUAUAAUAACAUGCUCUGAUAAUUUAUAAACGAAUCAUAUAGGUGAUGCACCUACACUUUCAGCCAGUGUGCUAUGGCUUUUAUAAUUAAAAUUAUUCCUUGUCUGCCAAAAACUUUCUUUAAACGGUAUUGAGCAGCCAUAAAACCAAAUUGUAUUCCUACUGUUAUUUCAUACUGAAAUAAUUCUUGAUACCAGAUGUGGUCUGGUGUUAUGGUUUUUCCCUUUAUUUUACUCUCCUCUCUUUGUGCAUGAAAACCACUGACAUAAGGGACAAGCGAUAAACAACUAACUCAGCUGUACUUUCCCAGUGAAAGCAAUUGGCAUACCAAAAAGAGAACCACAUAAAGGAUAAGUCCAUUUAAGAGGGAUGGAAAAACACUCUGAAAGGAUCCUUUGCUAUUAAUUCUGACAAUGACAUUAAGCAAGAGUGAAAAUACACUCAAUUAAAUUUCACUCAGAACCAGCUAAGUAGGCACCAUCCUGCGGCUCCGCAACAUACUGUUUUUAGCCUGGGAAAACAAGCCCUAGCACCAGGCUCAGUUUUAUCUGUGUGAAGGGCUUGUCGUGCUACCUGGCUGUGGUCUCCAAGUUGACUUUCUCUUUGGGAAUGGCUGCAUACAAAUACAUGUGAGUUUUGAAGACUAAGGAUACUAAAUGAGUGUAUCUUUGCUAUACAACAAAUAUGAUCUAUAAUAUUCAGUGCUGGCUUCUGAUGUGUCAGUAAGUACAGAAGUGUCUUGGACACAAAGACCUUUGCAACCUUUCAAGCUGUGUAGUAUUCAAAUGGUUUUGUAUAUACUUAAAUCAUGUAGGACGAUGUAAAACCAGUAUGACCUUGUCUAGUCUUCAAACUUAACAAUAAAACUUUUGAAAAAUGA